AGAGCGCACGGUUACAAUGAGCUUCCCCAUCGGUCCGACUGAGAGCCAGCGUCAGUACCGACAUCCCAGCAGCAGACACACCGCCACAGACACCAGCUCCGUCCGCCCGCAGCAGGAUGCCCGGGGGAAAGAGAGGGCUUGUGGCACCGCAAAACACUUUUCUGGAGAACAUAGUCCGGCGUUCAAGUGAGACCAGCUUUCUCCUGGGAAACGCCCAGAUCGUGGAGUGGCCCAUAGUUUACAGUAAUGACGGAUUCUGCAAGCUGUCUGGCUUCCACAGAGCCGAGGUCAUGCAGAAGAGCAGCACAUGCAGUUUUAUGUACGGAGAGCUGACAGACAAGAAGACCAUCGAUAAAGUUAGACAGACGUUCGACAAUUAUGAAUCUAACUGCUUUGAAAUCCUGCUGUACAGAAAGAACAGAAGUCCUGUUUGGUUCUACAUGCAAGUGGCUCCCAUCAGGAAUGAGAAUGACAAGGUGGUGCUGUUCCUCUGCACUUUUAAGGACAUUACCCUCUUCAAGCAGCCCAUCGAAGAUGAAACUACUAAAGGAUGGACCAAAUUUGCACGGCUCACACGUGCACUCACCAACAACCGCAACACCCUACAGCAACUGGCGCCUAUUGGCAAACAUGAAGUCAGCCAUAAACAGUCCAGACUGGCUGAGGUUUUGCAGCUAAACUCUGACAUCCUCCCGCAGUACAAGCAGGAAGCCCCCAAGACACCACCUCACAUAAUACUUCACUACUGCACCUUCAAGACCACUUGGGACUGGGUCAUCCUCAUUCUCACCUUCUACACGGCCAUCAUGGUGCCCUACAAUGUCUCUUUUAAGACCAAGCAGAACAACAUUGUUUGGCUGGUGCUAGACAGCGUAGUCGACGUCAUCUUCCUGGUGGAUAUCGUUCUCAACUUCCACACCACCUUCGUGGGGCCCGGUGGAGAGGUGAUCUCUGACCCCAAACUCAUUCGGAUGAACUAUCUGAAGACUUGGUUCGUCAUCGACCUGCUGUCGUGCCUGCCCUAUGACAUCAUCAAUGCCUUUGAGAAUGUGGAUGAGGGCAUCAGUAGCCUGUUCAGCUCUCUGAAGGUGGUCCGCCUGCUGCGUCUGGGCCGGGUGGCCAGAAAAUUGGACCACUACCUGGAGUAUGGUGCUGCUGUUCUGGUCCUCCUGGUCUGCGUGUUUGGACUGGUGGCCCACUGGCUUGCCUGCAUCUGGUACAGCAUCGGAGACUACGAAGUUAUCGAUGAAGCCACCAACACCAUCAAGAUGGACAGUUGGCUUUAUCAGCUGGCUAUCAGCAUUGGAUCGCCUUACCAAUACAACGCCAGCGGUUCUGGAGAAUGGGAGGGCGGCCCUGGCAAGGAUUCUCUGUACAUUACGUCCCUGUAUUUCACCAUGACCAGCUUGACGACCAUUGGAUUUGGAAACAUUGCCCCCACCACAGACGGAGAGAAGAUCUUUUCUGUGGCCAUGAUGAUGGUGGGAUCUCUGCUCUAUGCCACCAUCUUUGGAAAUGUGACCACCAUUUUCCAGCAGAUGUAUGCCAACACCAAUCGCUACCAUGAGAUGCUCAACAAUGUCAGGGAUUUCCUGAAACUCUACCAAGUUCCCAAGGGUCUAAGUGAGAGGGUGAUGGACUACAUCGUCUCCACCUGGUCCAUGACCAAAGGCAUCGACACGGAAAAGGUCUUAUCCAUCUGUCCCAAGGACAUGCGGGCCGACAUCUGUGUCCAUCUCAACAGGAAGGUGUUCAACGAACAUCCAGCAUUCAGGUUAGCUAGUGAUGGCUGCCUGCGCUCACUGGCAGUGGAGUUUCAGACCACCCACUGCGCUCCAGGAGACCUGAUCUUUCACGCCGGGGAGAGCGUUGACACCCUCUGUUUCGUGGUGUCGGGGUCACUGGAGGUCAUCCAGGACGACGAAGUCAUUGCCAUCUUAGGAAAAGGUGACGUGUUCGGAGAUGUCUUUUGGAAAGAAACCACUCUUGCACAUGCGUGUGCAAAUGUUAGAGCGCUUACCUACUGUGACCUCCACGUCAUCAAGAGGGAAGCUUUGCUCAAAGUUUUGGAGUUUUACAGUUCCUUCGCCAACUCUUUCUCCCGCAACCUCAUCCUCACCUGUAACUUGCGCAAGCGGAUAAUUUUCCGCAAGAUCAGUGAGGUGAAGAAGGAGGAGGAGGAGAGACAGCGAGCGAAGAACGAGGUACAGCUCACCAUCCCACAGGACCAUCCUGUCCGGAAGCUUUUCCAGAAGUUCAAGCAGCAGAAGGAGCUCCGCAACCAAGGAGCCGCAGCUGCCUCGCAACUGGACCUGGAGAAGAACCAGCUGCAGGUGGAGCACCACCAGCACCUGCAUCCCCACACCCUGCAGCUCGGCCACUCCAGUCUGCAGCACUCCCUGCCGCUCACCCUGCAGCGGCCCCUCACCUCCAUGCAGAACGGGGCUCCACCCAGCAGCAGCGUUCUGACUGUGUCUCAGGUCACACCCAUGCAGAGCUCUCUGGCUUACGGCCAUCCCAGCGAGGCACCUGCAAAGCAGAACAACUGUGACAUCAUGGAGCUGCAGCCCAGUUCUGCUGGAGGGGGCAGCGAGCAAACUGUCAGGCUCAAAGUCAGCACCAGCCCUGCGCUUGGAAAGCCGGCCGCCAAGGCGAGUGGUUGGAUGCGCCUCAAAAACAACAUGGCUCCGGCGGAGACGAGGAAGGAGGGUCUUAACAACAAUGUCAAGGCUGUUUCCGUGGAGAUGCUCUCUCAGGACGGUAAAGGUCGGGAAACAGGUGGGAGCAGGGAUGGAGAGGAAGGUGGGGUCUCCAGCAACAACCCACUUCGCAAGACGGACUCCUGUGACAGUGGAAUCACUAAGAGCGAGCUGCGCAUCGACCGGGCAGGGGAGCCGCGGACCCCAGCGGCAGUUACCCCACUUCUCCACAGCCCUCUUCCCGGAGGAGUGGGGUCCCCUCACUCUUUCUGCCCCAUACCGGAACAGGCCCUGCAGGCUGCAUUGCACGAGACCCGGAUGGAGCUCCGGGGGGACAUCCAGACCCUGGGAGGCCGUCUGGGCGCCCUGGAGAGUCAGGUAGCUGAAAUUAUCAAACUGCUGUCGGAUAAGAGACAGCCGUCCACGGGGGUGCCGCCUGCCUCUGCCACACCCAAAACCAAAAUACAACGGCAAGACAUUUUCACCGUCUCCAGGCCCGUUUCUCCAGACUCAGAGAAAGACGACGGGCUCUGAAGAGAGCUGAACCAGCGGUGCAGAGUGCGCAUUGGACUAACAGAGAUUAUAUUAACAUUAGCUCUAUCAAUUCAAGGUUACUCUCAUUUUUGGGCAUCCUCUUGGACUCUCGUACACCGCUGGUCUCAAUUCCAAAUCGGAAAAAAAAAAAAAAAACUGGCUUCUUGUUUGCACACUGAUUUUUUUUGUCUCCAGGUGAUGUGAGAGUCUUUACUCUCCAGUCACCCGGACUCUUUCUUUUUGAUUGUACAUACCUCUCUAUGCAUGUCCAGCUGGAUUCUGGCCUGCCAAAGAAACAACUACUAAACGUACUUAUUGCCUGUAUAUUAUGCAGUUGACUGCAUGCAAAUAAGAUUCAAAGAGACAUUUUAUUGAGCUACACUGUACAUAUAAAUAUUUUUCAUUGAUGAAUUUACUAUGUGGACAUUCAGGGUUUGCAUACUAGUAGCACUAUAAACAUUGAAUAUCUCAAAGGGUUUACAGGCAGAUGGAUUGUGCAUGGAUUAUUUAUACAUA